AUGAGUUCCCCUCAGACUGCGCCUUAUGGCCACUGGAAGAGUCCGUUAACCGCGGAGGGCUUGGCAACAUGCAGCAUCAUGCUCAACGAAGUGGCGGUCGAUGAAUCAACGGGUGCAAUUUACUCGGUCGAAUGCCGACCCGUUGAAGAUGGCCGCUCUGCCAUUGUGCUGCAUCUCAGUGGACAAAGCAAAGAUGUCCUCCCGGAAAAUCUUAGUGCACUCGCAAGCGUACAAGAGCUUGGAGGUGGAUCGAUCUCAAUAAGACAUGACGGGGAGAUCUUACUAUCAGAUGAAGAUUCCUGUAAUAUCUAUCUGCUGGACCCAGCAUCAGCUCAAGCCUCGCUCGUCCAACCGGCCGAGGAAGGCAUCCGCUAUGCAGAUUUCUCUAGUCAUCCCACGAACUCGCGGUGGAUCAUUGCAAUCAAGGAAGAUCACCGAGAGGCAACCCCAGAAACACAAGCAACCCAUGUCCACAACACGCUGGUGGCGAUUGAUAUCGACUCUGAUCCAAAAGAUACUGGCAAAGAAGUGACGAUCGCCCAAGGGGACGAUUUCUACUCACAUCCUAAAUUUGAUCCUUCUGGGAAAUACGUUUCCUGGAUUCAAUGGAGCCAUCCCGACAUGCCCUGGACAGGGACUGUACUCCAUCUGGCUGAGUGGAAAGAUGGUUCACUGGAAAAUGUCACUCGAAUUGCCGGUGAAGCACAAAAGGAGAGCAUCGCUCAGCCGAAAUGGGGUCUGGACGGAAAAUUGUACUUUGCAAGUGACAGAACCGGCUUUUGGCAGUUGUAUUCAUAUAACCCCAAGGAGCCAGGUGUAUAUGCUAUGUCAUUCGAGGGAAUGGAGAAGUCGGAUUUUGCAGUCGCCGAGUGGGAGCUUGGAAGCUCCACAUAUACAUCGCUCGACGAAAAGACUAUUGUCGCGACGGUGAUCACUCAUGCCACCAGCAAAGUAGUUCUGAUUGAUACCACCACCUCGUCCACUCGGGAGCUCGGCCUUCCAUACGUGGAUAUCGAGAGGAUCUGUCGUGUAUCAUCCACCAGCUUUGCAGUGGUUGGGUCAUCAAAAAACUCACCCCAGGAACUGGCACUGGUCUCGCUCAAUUCAUCAUUCGAAACAACCAGGGAAGUGCUCACUUCUACUGCAUCAUUCGAACUGGCACCUGAAUUUGUUUCUAUUGCAACGGAGUACACUGCCCCUCAAAAGUAUGGUCCACAGGCCGAUGGCGAAGUGCAUAUGUUCUACUUUGCUCCUCGCAACCCCGAUUUCCAGGCUGAUGGGGACCGCCUUCCUCCACUUUUAACAUAUGUACACGGAGGCCCGAACGGGGCUGUCACUCCUGCACUGGACCUCGAAAUUCAAUACUGGACGACCCGUGGCUUCGCCGUCUGUGCUGUCAACUACACGGGCUCCGUCGGAUUCGGCCGAGAAUACCGUGAACGACUAUCCGGAUAUUGGGGUCUUAUGGACGUGGGGGAUGCAGUCAGCGCAGUCGAAUUCCUCGUCACAAAGGGACUCGUCGACAAAAAUCGAGUUGGAAUUUACGGUGGAAGUGCCGGAGGCUACUUAACCUUGCGCGCCCUGCACAUGUACCCCGAAAUCUGGGCAGCAGGAAUCAGCAACUACGGUAUUAGCGAUGUCAAGGCUCUGCAAGCAGAUUCAUACAAAUUCGAGAGUCAAGACGUGGACCGAUUGCUUCUCAGCAAAACUAAGCCCGAGGAUCGAGAAGCGGAGCUCAAGAAGCGCAGCCCUUGCUAUUAUGCGGAGCAGAUGAAGGCACCGUUGCUGCUGUUGCAAGGCACGGACGAUAUGGUGGUUCCGAUCGCACAAGCGAGAAUGAUGGCCGAUGCUAUGCAUUCCAAAGGAAGGGUUGCUGAGGUCGUUGAGUUUGAGGGCGAGGGCCAUGGAUGGAACGGGCAAAAGGCUAUCUUUGAGUCUUAUACUCGAGAGGAGGAAUGGUGGAAGCGCUACCUGACGUGA